GUUUUAGUUUUCGGGGAACUAAUCAGCACCAGUCGCGCACCAUGCCGCCUAAAACCCAGCAAAAGACCAAGGAACAAAAGAUGGCCGCUGCCAUGGCCGGUGGCCGUGGCAAGGGCAAGAAAAAAUGGUCCAAGGGCAAGGUCCGUGAAAAGACCCAGAACAAGGUCUUGUUUGACCAGGAAACGUACGACCGCAUGUUGAAGGAAGUGCCCAAGAUGAAGUUGAUCACUGCCUCCGCCGUCGUCGAACGUCUCAAGGUCAACGCCGCGUUGGCCCGCUCGGCUAUCAAGGAAUUGGAACAAAAGGGCGACAUCAAGGUGGUCACCAAGCACCGCUGCCAAUUGAUCUACACCCGCUCGGUCGGUACCGACUAAGUUAUCCAACCACGGCGGCGCAGAUAGUGUACCAGAUUCGAACCUCGUCAACAUGUAUUGAUUUGUACCAAUGCAGUCAAGUGGCGACGAAGGUCCAUGUCGGCGUGCAAGGAAGCGUGGAGAGUGUGGCUGAUGCUAAGCGGAAGAACCAAUUCACUCAUUUCCCCA